AUGGCAGUGGUGGCAGCAAGUGGCGGCGGCGAGGUGGCGUAUGAUGGAAGGUCGCUCAUCAUUAAUGGACAGCGGAAGCUUCUCUUCUCUGGCUCUAUUCAUUAUACAAGAAGCACGCCUCAUAUGUGGCCAUAUUUGAUAUCACAAGCCAAAUUGGGAGGACUAGAUGCGAUUGAUACCUACGUAUUUUGGAAUAUCCACGAGCCCCAACCAGGACAGUAUUAUUUCAGCGGAAGACGUGAUAUAGUGAGAUUUAUCAAAGAAGUGCAAUCUCAAGGCCUCUAUGUUUGCCUUAGAAUAGGACCCUUCAUCGAAGCUGAGUGGUCUUAUGGAGGCCUUCCACUUUGGCUCCAUGACAUCCCUGGCAUUGUUUUUCGAUCUGAUAACGAACCCUUUAAGUUUUACAUGCAAAAUUUUACCACAAAAAUAGUGAACAUGAUGAAAUCGGAGAAAUUAUAUGCCUCACAAGGAGGGCCCAUCAUACUUUCUCAGAUCGAGAAUGAAUAUCAAAAUGUGGAAAAAGGGUUUGGCAACAAAGGGCCUCCCUAUGUUCGUUGGGCCGCUACGAUGGCUGUGGGCCUAAAAACUGGUGUGCCAUGGGUGAUGUGCAAGCAAGAUGAUGCUCCAGAUCCCGUGAUCAAUGCUUGCAAUGGGAGGACAUGUGGAGAAACAUUUGUGGGACCUAAUUCUCCAAACAAGCCAGCAAUGUGGACUGAACAUUGGACACAUUUCUAUGACAUAUAUGGCAAUAUCACCAAGGUCAGAUCACCUCAAUUCAUCGCAUACCAUGUUGCUCUAUUCAUAGUCAACAAGAAUGGAAGCUACAUAAACUAUUACAUGUAUCAUGGAGGAACCAAUUUCGGAAGGAAUGCAUCUGCGUUUAUGCUAACUAGUUACUAUGAUCAAGCUCCUUUAGAUGAAUAUGGCUUGAUAAGACAACCAAAAUGGGGUCAUCUGAAGGAGCUGCAUGCAGCAGUUAAACUAUGUUCACAGACUCUACUAUAUGGAAGUAGAACAAAUUUCUCUUUGGGUGCAUUGCAACAAGCGUAUGUAUACAAGGGAAUCAAAGGAGAAUGUGCAGCAUUUCUCGUGAACACAGAUGCUGCAAAUGAAGCAGAAGCUCAAUUUCAAAAUCGAACUUAUAGACUUCCUCCCAAGUCAAUUAGCAUCUUACCAGACUGCAAAACUGAGGCAUUUAACACAGCUAAGGUGAGCACUGAAUAUAAUACAAGGACUAGGGAGGCAGCUGUAAAGUUGAACUCACCAUUAAUAUGGCAAGAAUUGGAUGAAGUUAUUGCAGUGUAUGAUGAUACCUCGUUGAGAUCAAAUAUUUUGCUAGAGCAAAUGAACACCACCAAAGAUACAUCUGAUUAUUUGUGGUACACUGCCAGUUAUCAACAAUUUAAUGAGUCGCAACCUGUUGUCAUGAGAGUGAAUUCUGAUGGACAUGUUUUACGUGCAUUUGUAAAUGGACAACUCAUUGGUUCGGAACAUGGGACUUUUAGAAAUCAAAGUUUCAGUUUGGCGAAGAAUGUGACAUUGAGAAAAGGAGCCAACAACAUCUCAUUGCUAAGCAUUAUGAUUGGAUUGCCGGAUUCAGGGGCAUACAUGGAGCGCAAGGCAUUUGGAUUGACUAAUGUGAGAAUUGGAGAUAAAGAUUUGUCCAACUAUUCAUGGGGAUAUCAAGUUGGAUUAUUGGGGGAGAAUCAACAUCUUUACACAAUAGAAGGAUCGAUCAAAGUAAAAUGGCACAAAUUUACCUCAUCUCCUCGCCCACUUAGAUGGUAUAAGUCCAAAUUUGAUGCACCCAAAGGCAACGAUCCCAUUGCACUAAAUUUAGGGUCAAUGGGGAAAGGUGAAGCUUGGGUCAACGGAGAAAGCAUCGGUCGAUAUUGGAUCUCAUUUGUCACACCUCAAGGCUCGCCUUAUCAAACAUGGUAUCACGUACCAAGAUCAUUCUUGAAGCCUAGAGAUAACUUGUUAGUGGUGUUUGAGGAAGAAAUGGGCAAUCCUCUUGGAAUAUCAAUUGACAUUGUUUCAAUAUCAAAAGUUUGUGGCCAUGUUUCAACUUCAAAUCCUCCAUUGAUAGAUUCAUAUGUAAAGCAUAUUGGAAGAAGACCUAGAGUGGAACUUCAUUGCCCUUCCAACAAAAAUAUCUCAAACAUUUUGUUUGCAAGCUUUGGUAGUCCUUUAGGAGAUUGCAACAAUCACGUUGUUGGGAGGUGCCACUCAAUCAAUUCCACCUCUAUUGUGGAGAGGGCUUGUUUGGGAAAGAAGAUGUGUUCCAUUCCUUCGUCACACAAAAUAUUUGGUGGUGAUCCAUGCCCAGGAGUUUUAAAAGAUCUGUUGAUCGAGGCUCACUGCCAAUGA